AUGGAUCAAACUGCCAUGCCCAUGUCCGCCAAAGAAGCCCCACUGGCCCACAUGAAGAUGGACUUCAUCAGGCCUCUGGGAAGACAGAACAAGACCAGUGUCUCAGAGUUUGUCCUCUUGGGAUUCUCUGUUGACCCAAAGAAACAGACUCUCCUCUUUGCUCUUGGCUUAUUAGCCUAUCUGUUAACUUUGACAGGGAAUCUAACCAUCAUUACAUUGAUCCGGAUAGAUCAGUGCCUCCAAACUCCCAUGUACUUCCUGCUGAGCUAUCUGUCUUGUAUUGAAAUCUGCUGGAUAUCUAGCACUGUCCCAAAGAUGUUGUGGGACCUCUUGCUGGGAGACAAGACCAUCUCUUUCAUAGGAUGUGCAUUCCAAAUGUAUGUCUUUAUCACAUCAGGGAGCAUGGAAUGUGUACUUCUCUCAGCUAUGGCAUAUGACCGUUAUGCAGCUAUCUGCCAUCCACUGCGCUACACCAUUCUCAUGAGCAGGAAAAUAUGUUGGGGAUUCCUGACAUCUUCCUGGGCUAUUGGAAAUGUCAAUUCCAUCGUCAACACAGCCUUGGUCUUUUCCCUCGACUUUUGCCACUCCAAUGAAAUUGACCACUUCUUCUGUGACAUUCCUCCCCUCCUGCAACUCUCUUGCUCUGAUACCUUGGAUAGCCAGAUGGUGACCUUUACCAUCUCUGGUGGUAUCAUGAUAGUGGCUUUCUGCCUGAUCCUUCUUUCCUAUAUCCUCAUAGUCUCCUCAGUGCUGAAAAUCCGGACAGCUCAGGGUAGGAUGAAGGCGUUUUCCACCUGUGCUUCCCAUCUCACUGUGGUGAGCAUCUUCUAUGGCGCCCUCAUGUACAUGUACAUACGCCCUUCCUCUAGUCAUUCCAUGGAACAGGACCGCCUGGUUGCUUUGCUAUAUGUCAUCAUCACUCCAAUGCUCAAUCCCCUGAUCUACAGUUUCAGGAAUAAGGAAGUGCAGGGAGCAAUUCAGCGAGCUCUUACUAAGAACAGAUGGUAG